CUUGGACAAGGAUGGGGGUCCAAGGAACACACGGGUCUCUCCUAUGGAUGUUGCUGGGAGGGACGCUAGUUGUUAUAUAUGGAAACCAAAACUCUUUGGCAGUCAGCCUUCAAAAUGAUUUUCUGAAUGGAAUAAAUGUAGCAGACAUUUUGAAUUACCAAGGUGGAAGAAAUGUACAACAAUACCCACAGAGCUGCAGUGAAAUAAAGAACAGUCAGAGUGGCCUAUAUGUGGUGGAACCAUUUGCAGGAAAGCAGGUAGUCGUACAGUGUGAGCAAAAAUCAGCUGAUGGCAUAUGGACAGUUAUACAGAAAAACAAUCAAAAGAACCCAAGGCUAUGGGAAGCUUCCUGGGAAAGCUACAAAAGGGGAUUUGGAGACCCAAGAGAAGACUAUUGGUUGGGCAAUGAGAAUAUUCAUUUGUUGACGAAGCAACAGUUGCACCGUAUCCAGUUCAGAGUGCGCACAUCAGCAGGAAUAGUCUACACAGCCUAUUAUACUUCUUUUUCACUUGAAGCAGAAAGCAAUUGUUAUCGUAUUCGGCUUGGUCGGUACUCAGGAGAUGCUGGGGAUGCUAUGACUUCAGGGGAACCCAAUGCAGGACAUGACAACAUGAGAUUUUCAACUAGUGAUCGCGACAAUGAUUUGUCAGGGACAAAUUGUGCCUACCUUGGAGGGGGUGGUUGGUGGUAUGACAAUUGCAGAUUUGCUAAUCUUAAUACAGGUAAAGGUAUUUACUGGCACCAAUUGUGUCGUGGAGAUUGUCAGUCAAGUGAGAUACUCAUUCAGCCAGUAUACAUAUGUUCAGAAGGUGGUGGAGGUGGUGGUGAUGAUAGUGGAGGUGAUGGAGGAGGUGGUGGUGGAGAUGGAGGAGGAGGAGAUGGAGGAGGAGGUGAUGGAGGAGGUGGUGAUGGGGGAGGAGGUGGCGGAGAAGAUGGAGGAGGUGGUGAUGGGGGAGGAGGGGGAGAUGGAGGUGGUGGGGGAGAUGGAGGUGGUGGUGAUGGGGGAGGAGGUGGUGGAGAUGGAGGAGGUGGUGAUGGAGGAGGUGGUGGUGGGGGAGAUGGAGGUGGUGGUGGUGGAGGAGGAGGUGACGGGGGAGGAGGUGGUGAUGGAGGAGGUGGUGAUGGGGGUGGAGGAGGUGAUGGGGGUGGAGGAGGUGAUGGAGGAGGUGGCGGUGGUGGAGGUGGUGGAGGAGGAGGAACUGUUGAUCCAACACCUAAUCCUUGUGCAUUAAGCUAG